UAUUUUUUUUUUCUCUUUUUACUUUCCCCACCACCUUGUAUUUUGUUUCUGUACUUCAGAAAUGGGCCUACAGACCGCACAGUGGCCCAGCCAUGGGGCUUUUCUCCUGAAAUCUUGGCUUCUCAUCUCCCUGGGGCUCUACUCACAAGUGUCAAAAAUCUUAGCGUGCCCUAGUGUAUGCCGCUGCGAUAGGAACUUUGUCUACUGUAAUGAGCGAAGCUUGACCUCAGUGCCUCUUGGGAUCCCGGAGGGUGUAACCGUACUCUACCUCCACAACAACCAAAUUAAUAAUGCUGGAUUUCCUGCAGAACUGCACAAUGUCCGGUCCGUGCACACGGUCUACCUUUAUGGCAACCAACUGGAUGAAUUCCCCAUGAACCUUCCCAAGAAUGUCAGAGUUCUCCAUUUGCAGGAAAACAACAUUCAGACCAUUUCACGGGCUGCUCUGGCCCAGCUCUUGAAGCUCGAGGAGCUUCACUUGGAUGACAACUCGAUAUCCACAGUGGGGGUGGAAGACGGGGCCUUCCGGGAGGCUAUUAGCCUCAAACUGUUGUUUCUAUCCAAGAAUCACCUGAGCAGUGUGCCUGUGGGGCUUCCUGUGGAUUUGCAAGAGCUGAGAGUGGAUGAAAAUCGAAUUGCUGUCAUAUCAGACAUGGCCUUUCAGAACCUCACAAGCUUGGAGCGUCUGAUUGUGGACGGCAACCUCCUGACCAACAAGGGCAUUGCCGAGGGCACCUUCAGCCAUCUCACCAAGCUCAAGGAAUUUUCAAUUGUUCGGAAUUCACUCUCCCACCCUCCUCCUGAUCUCCCAGGUACACAUCUGAUCAGGCUUUACCUGCAGGACAACCAGAUCAACCACAUCCCUUUGACAGCCUUCUCAAAUCUGCGCAAGCUAGAGUGGCUGGAUAUAUCCAACAACCAACUCCGCAUGUUGACUCAAGGGGUCUUUGAUAAUCUAUCCAACCUGAAGCAGCUCACUGCUCGGAAUAACCCCUGGUUUUGUGACUGCAGCAUUAAAUGGGUCACAGAAUGGCUCAAAUACAUCCCUUCAUCUCUCAACGUGCGAGGUUUCAUGUGCCAAGGGCCCGAGCAAGUCCGGGGGAUGGCUGUCAGGGAGCUGAAUAUGAAUCUUUUGUCCUGCCCCACCAUGACCCCUGGGCUGCCUGUCUUUACCCCGGCCCCAAGUACAGCCUCUCCAACAACUCCACCCCCAACCGUCUCUGUCCCUACCCCCAGCAGAAGCUAUACACCCCUGACUCCCACCACCGCCAGACUGCCUACAAUUCCUGACUGGGACGGCAGAGAAAGAGUGACACCGCCUAUUUCUGAACGGAUCCAACUCUCUAUCCAUUUUGUGAACGACACGUCCAUUCAAGUCAGCUGGCUCUCUCUCUUUACUGUGAUGGCGUACAAACUCACGUGGGUGAAAAUGGGCCACAGUUUAGUAGGGGGCAUUGUCCAGGAACGCAUAGUCAGUGGUGAGAAGCAGCACUUGAGCCUGGUUAACCUAGAGCCCCGAUCCACCUAUCGGAUUUGUUUGGUGCCCCUGGAUGCUUUUAACUACCGAGCUGUGGAAGAUACCAUUUGUUCUGAGGCCACCACACAUGCUUCCUAUUUGAACAAUGGCAGCAAUACUGCUUCCAGCCAUGAGCAGACGACUUCCCACAACAUGGGCUCCCCUUUCCUGCUGGCGGGCCUGAUCGGGGGCGCAGUGAUAUUCGUGCUCGUGGUCUUGCUCAGUGUCUUUUGCUGGCACAUGCACAAAAAGGGGCGCUACACGUCCCAGAAGUGGAAAUACAACCGGGGCCGGCGGAAAGACGACUAUUGUGAGGCAGGCACCAAGAAGGACAAUUCCAUCCUGGAGAUGACUGAAACCAGCUUUCAGAUCGUCUCCUUAAAUAACGAUCAGCUCCUUAAAGGAGAUUUCAGACUGCAGCCCAUUUACACCCCAAAUGGGGGCAUUAAUUACACAGACUGCCAUAUCCCCAACAACAUGCGAUACUGCAACAGCAGUGUUCCAGAUCUGGAGCACUGCCACACGUGA